CCCCAGAAGUUCCAGCAGAAGGCUCUGCAACAAGCUAAGCAGAAGAAAUCCAAGUCGGCUGAAUUUCUGAUGGGAAAAGAUGAGAGAGUUGCAGCAGAAGGGACUGCAAAUCCAGCUUUUAACAUCAGCUGCACUGAUCUUUCAGCAUAUCAGACUUCAGAGGAGGAAGUUAUUAGACAUGACAAGCUGGAUAGCACCCUUGCAGCUCACCGAGAGAAACGCAGGCUGCAAACCCGAAAUGAACCAAGAGGAAAUGAAUGCAGCAGAAAUUACUUUGACCCUCUGAUGGAUGAGGAAAUAAACCCAAGGCAGUGUGGGAUGGAGGUCACCAAAGAAGUGCCAGUCAAGUUGGACGAGAGACUCCUUUAUGACAAAUUGAUGACAUUUCUAGAUGAAGAGAACAGAAAGUUGGCAAUACAUGACACAGAUUUUGAAAAGAAACAUGACGAAGACACUUUCAGUUCAGCAUGGCCCUUCAGCGGUGACGAGACCUGUGAUCUUGCUAAGGAAGUUGAGGAUGAAGAAACUCUCACUUACACUGAACAAUUUGACAAUGAUGUUCAAGAUGAGAUUAUUCUUCUCAGCAAAUUUUCCUUGGAACAGAGGGUUGUCCAGAACAGUUUUUCGGGAGGCAAUGACAGUGGGGAGAAGAAGAAAUCAUAA